AUGCCCCUUUCGAAACCCGAAUUGCUCAGGAGGGAUCACACUCAGGUCUUCGGCAAGAGUGUUGAUCAUACAAAGGAUGAGGGUCCUAUCCACCACCUUAGCUAUCAUGCUGAGCAGCGAUAUCGGACGGUAGCUGCUUGGCAAUUUAGGGUUUUUGCCAGGCUUAAGAAUUGGGAUCACCAACCCCGUCUUCAGGGACUCUGGGGUAAACCAAGAGAGUCAAUAACAACGUCAUGGGGUGUCCCGAUACCAGAAAAAGACGCCAGCUUGACCGUGGGAUAUCACGGUCAGGUUCUGUUUCAAGAUUGGGUUCUCAUCGACGAACUAGCCCAUUUCAGCAGGGAACGCAUUCCUGAAAGAGUGGUGCAUGCCAAGGGAGCUGGGGCCUUCGGAUAUUUUGAAGUCACUCAUGACAUCACUCAGUACACCGCAGCGAGAGUUUUUUCUGAGAUUGGAAAGAAGACUCCGAUUGCUGUCAGGUUUUCUCAAGUAGCUGGCGAGAUGGGAUAUUCGGACACCGUCAGAGAUGUAAGGGGAUUUGCUGUGAAAUUCUACACAGAGGACGGUAUAUGGGAUUUAGUAGGGAAUAAUUUGCCUACUUUCUUCAUCAAGGAUUCUGCAUUGUUCCCUACAUUCAUUCACAUAUUGAAGAGGAAUCCGAAGACACACAUAAGACCCGAUUAUGAUAUGUUCUGGGACUUUAUAUCUCUUCGACCCGAAUCAACUCACACGACUCUCAUGAUGUUUUCUGAUCGAGGAAUUCCAGACAGUUAUAGACAUAUGCACGGUUAUGGGGUCAAUACUUUCGCCUUCGUAAAUUCCCAUGGAAAAUUCUCCUAUUGCAAGUUCCAUUACUUGUCCAAUCAAGGAAUAGCCAAUCUAAGUUCAGAAGAAGCUCAGAGAAUUGCCGGAGCUGACCCUGAAUACCUGCUAAGGGACCUGUACAAUGCUAUCGAAACUUCAGAGUAUCCUUCAUGGAACUUAUACGUCCAGAUAAUGACUCCAGAGCAAGCCGCUAAGAAUCCGUAUGAUCCGUUCGACGACUCGAAAGUUUGGUUGCACGCAGAUUUUCCUCUGAUCCCAGUAGGCAGAUUGGUACUCAAUAAAAAUCCUAAGAGUUAUUUUGCAGAAGUGGAACAGAUAGGAUUCGAUGUGGCUCAUCUCAUUCCAGGAAUUGAACCAUCUCCAGACAGAAUGCUUCAAGGUCGUCUCUUCAACUACGGAGACACCCAUCGAUACCGCCUGGGCAUAAACAACACCCAGUUGCCAGUCAACAGUCCCUUCAGAGUGAACAACUACCAGAGAGACGGUCGAAGCACUAUCCAGAGUCAACCUGGAGCACCGAACUAUCAUCCGAACAGUUUCAAGGGACCUGAGAACGACAGGAGAGCUAGGGCCCUAACUCCAGUUCUGCCGAUACAGGGCGAUGCGCAAAGAAUCGACAACGGAAAUGAAGACAACUUCAGUCAACCCAGAUUGUUGUAUCAGAAUGUAUUGAAGCCCGACGAGCAAGGAAGGUUGAUCGAAAAUAUUAUAAGUUGGUUGAAGAAUGCUAAUUCUGUCAUUCAGGAUAGAGCGCUGCUCAAUUUCUCGAAAGUGGAUGAGGAUUUGGCUAGAAGGAUCAGGCAGGGACUACCACUCGGAAGUCAACCACAUAUUGAUUUGUGAACAAUGGAUAAUGAAUGUUUUUGGAUAAGUUGGAUAACGUGGACAAUUUGAA